AUGGGGGGGAACGAGAAAGGAGCUGCCGGGCAAUGGACACAGGCAAGACAACCAGGGCAAAGGCUUGGGCAGCAGCCGGACCUCACACGCAGCCGGAACUGGCGGCAGAGGUGUAUCUUUUAUGAGACCAAUGGGAUAUUUGCAAAAACACGUCUUUGUUUGCAAGCUUUCAGGGACACUUGCUCUUCUUCGGCAUGGGAGAGUGCCAAGAUGAUGAGCUGGUUCAAAGGCUGGCAGGUCAAACGGAAGGAAGGUUUUGGGAAGGGACAAACACUUUUGGAAGUGCUAGACUCUCUUCUGCCUCCCGUGCGUUUGAGUAAUAAGCCCUUGAGGCUGCCUCUGCAGGAUGUCUACAAGAUCGGAGGAGUUGGUACUGUACCUGUGGGGAAGAUAGAGACUGGCAUUCUUAAACCAGGCAUGACUGUCUCUUUUGCCCCCACAAACCUAUCGGCAGAAGUCCGAUCCAUUGAAAUGCACCAUGAGCCACUGGAAGUGGCUUUUCCUGGCUAUAACAUAGGCUUCAACGUAAAAAACAUUGCUGUCAAGAACCUGAGACGGGGCCAUGUAGCUGGUAACUCCAGGAAUGAUCCUCCAGCAGCAGCAGCUCACUUCAUAGCCCAGGUGAUUAUCCUGAACCACCCUGGCUUCAUCAGGGCUGGCUACUCUCCAGUGAUCGACUGCCACACGGCUCAUGUCACCUGCCAGUUUGCUGAACUUUAUGAGAAGAUUGACCGUCGCUCUGGGCAGAAGCUGGAGGACAGUCCAUCUAUGCUGAAGUCUGGGGACUCUGCUCUCAUUAGGCUUAUACCUAGGAAGCCAAUGUGUGUGGAAAGGUUUUUCGACUUUCCUUCCUUGGGUCGUUUUGCAGCUCGGGAUUUGAAGCAGACUGUUGCAGUUGGAGUCAUCAAAUCGGUAGAAAAGAAAUCCACAGGCUCUACUAGAAAACAAGUGCAGAAAGCUCUGCUUAUCUAGUGGAGUGCUGCCAGCUGUGAGAGGUUAAGGUGUUUUGUUUUGUUUUUUUUGUUUUGUUUUUUGCAAACUACCUUCAUAGAGAAAUGCUCACGGCUUGUGGGAUUGGUUUGGGGUUUUUUGUUUAACCUCAAGUUGAGGAUCUUUUAUGUUUAAUGCAGUGGGAUUGUUCAGUGUUGGAACAAUUAAAUCUCAUCUGAUCAGACUUAUUUGCAUUUGUUACAAAAGCCACCUUGGACACUAUAGCCUUACUCUACACCCUUGAAAAGGGCUGGGCCUGGCCUCUCAGUCCAUCUGUCAAGACCUUGAGCCCUUUUGAGUAAAAUCCCAAGGACAGCUUCAUGCAACAACUGUGGCGCAUGCUGUAACUUGCACCUUUUCUUAAAGCAAGCUUAACAAAUUUUAUUAUAACUGCACAUGGCCUCCAGCUUCACUUAAGUGACUGAAUGUAAUGUUCCCUAGUGAGCUUCCAAAAGACUCCUUUUUGAAUGAGGAAGUACAUCUUGUCUGUAGAGGAAGCUGUAACAAAGCCUAGGCUGCAGCUGACUUGUAGUCAGCAAAUAGUGCUUCCACUUACCUAGGCUCUCUUUGCAUUUUUUUUUUUUUUUGGGUUUUGCCUUUUCUGUUCCCUUCAGGGGAAUGCAGGUUGGAAAGCCAAAGGUUGAGUUAUUUGAUAUUGGGAGUAGUCUGCCUUUUUAAUACAGCCACAUUUUUAAAAUGUAGGUAGUGAUAUUCCUACCCUAAGCUGACUGCCCUUGGACUGAGAAGUGCCCAUAGCCAAGUACUUCAUACCAGACUAGGAAGCAAUAGAAAUAGCCUAAAGUGAUCCCUAGCUAAGCUUUUUAUUGAUGCUAAGGCCUCUAGGGCAGGAAAACUAUUAAGUAAAACUAAUACUUGUCAACAGACUGAGCUUGCUUUUCAGUAAGCAUGGGGAAUGUAGCUUUCAUGCUGGCUAGCAGCAGCUGUAGCCUAUACUGCUCUCACACUUAAUUGGCACCUCCUUUUAGUCUGUGGGAGCUCUACCUUGAUGCUCAUAAGAGGCACCUUCUACACAACCAAAUGAUAGUUAAGCUUUAAGGGACCAGCAAAACAAAAGGUGCAAGUUUCUACACUUAAUCCUAGGGUAUAAUCUGGAAACAACAGCUUGUGCUAAAUUGCAAACUAGUUAAGGUCCAUAAUUAACUCUUUACCAACCUGUAUAAAUUAGUUUAAUGGACCCUGCCUUGUACAACAAAUCUCUUUUAUUGGAGCAUUCAAGGCAUGGAGAACCUCAAAAUACUCUAUAGGAUAUCAGAAAUUGGGGUCCUAGCUAGCUCAACUGUCUGCUACUUCAGGCAGUACCCAGUGGGCAUUCACUUUGGGGUUUAGAUUUGUCCACCUGCUAUUUGAAGGGGUAUGCCAGGUUCCUGAAGCAAGACACUUGCUGUGCUCUGUUGAGCAGGAGCACCUAACCCUCCUGCUGUGUUUUCACAAGCUCAAGACAACUUCCUCCUGCUCUGUUUGGCUGAGCCACUUGAGUGGAAGCCUAAAAAGGGGAAGGAACAAGACAGCAUAGCUUUAAUUUUGUUUUCUAUAAGCCUUCAGCUGAACACCUUCUGCGUGAAAGGGCAGAUAAUGUUGUUCCAGACCUAGAGCAAACCGAUUUUGAAUGUUCUCUCUGUACUGCAGUGGAGUUCUAGCUUUCAGAUGCAUUUCCAGUGGUUGUCUCCCACCUACGUAGCAAAAAGAGUAACAUGAAUAAGUGGAGUGACUAAUAACUGCAGCUUUCAGACUUUUUCUUGCGGCAACAAAGCAGUCUUCCUUCAACUUGAAGUGGAAAAUACUUUUUCCCCUCUACUGUGAUUUUUAGGAAAAACUAAGACCCUCUAAAUGAUAUGUAAAAAUGAGGGUCUUGCUCCAGCACAGGAGGGGAAAAACAGGUACAUGAGAAGGAAAAGAAAAAAGCAAUGAUGGAAUGAUGCAGGAUCAAGUCUUGGUCAGAGAAACAUUUUUAGUGCUUCAUAUAUUCAGCAUGCAAACGCCAAACUCCUAGUGCGAUCAGCUCUUGGUGAAUGGCCCAGGGUAUGGGCUAUAUUCCAGACUUUGGUGUAAUGAGGAGUUACCGCAGUUGGCUCAUAGACCACUGCCAUCACCACCAGCAGUCCUAACUAGCUCACAAAGUUGCUGAUUUAGAGCACAGUGAGACCACAGCCCUGCUGCUGGUCCAGGAGCUAGCUCUGUUCACUUACCACUUCCUGCUAGUCACGCUGGCUAGGAAACUGUCAUCCUU